AUGGUGAUGUCAAACAUCAAUAAUAGGCAAUCGAUACACUCUCCACAGCCGGACACCAAGCCGUCUGCUCUGGAACGGCUUGGACCAUCAUCAUCUCAACUUGAAACCCAUCAGUCUCUAAACCAGAGACCUUCUGCUUUGGAGAGAAUAAGUUCACCAUCCACUCAAACGAUGGCUCCUGCAGAAAACACCACCACAACCUCAAUCAAAAAGAGACUAGGAAGACCCCCUGGUAGAAGGAACCAACCCACCUUAUCUCUUGGAGUCGUAAGCCUCGGUGUAAAGAAGCGAAAAGUAGCUCACGUCAAGGGCUCACCUAAGCGUCGUCCCACCACUACCAAAGCACCACGUGCAAAAGCUGCUCCCAAAAAUGCCCCAGCGGCCGCAGGACAGCGACCUUCCUAUACCAUAAUCCCACCAGCGGAAUAUUUCCAGUGA